CAAAUUGUCUAUGUCAUGAAUCAGCUAUUUUUUGUCAUUCCCUUUAAAUGAGACCUCACUAGAUCCCAGUCAAUCCAAUUAAAAUUUUUAUGAAAAAUAUUACAUUUAUUGCAACAUGUUGGGGCUUGAAACGUUAAAGUUUCCUAAUAUCAGGUAGUCCAUUAGGAAAGAGUGGCAUGACCCAUUUUGUUUUUGCCAGGAUGGAUUACUACUGAUUAGCCUAAAAAAAAAAAAAGAGUAACAGUAACAGCAAAAUGAGGUACUUUUGCUAGGAAAGGCUGAUGAGACAGGAUGUUCUAUCUUCCUGUGUGAAGGUGUGAGGAUAUUUGCAUGGUUGGAAAUGUUCUUGUGUUGAGAAAGCAUCUUGAGUAGUUGAAGAGUAUUGUGUAAACUUUAAUUGGAGUUUAUUUGAAAAAGAAAAAUAAUCCUGAAAAUGAGGUUUGUCAAGGGUGAAAUCAGCCCCAUUUCACCUCUUCAGUGUCAGCUCUCGGAUAGUAAUAAGCCUCAGCUCAUUUUCCUAAAUAUUUCUGAAGUGGAUUCUCAGAAAAGCAUAGAGAUGUUUCUAGUCUAAUUUGUUCCACAGCUUUGCCCAUAUGCCAGUUAGGAACUUUUCAAUGCUGGGAGAAAAUUACCUCUAAAUUGCUCACCUCAAGGCAACCUUUUCCUCAGGAAAAGAAUCAAAUCAUGAUAGCUGUGCUGCUACUAACACCACAGAGAGAGAGAGCGCUUUUGGAAAUUACUUAAAUAAUAUAAGAAUCUGGAGAUCUCCACAAGCAUAUGGAUAAAGAUUUAAAGGCUGAGCCUGCAGUUCUUCCUCUGGCAAAAGUUCCACUGAAAUCUGUUGCAUAGGACCUUAAGGCAAGUGUAGGCUGGGGGCCUCAUUUAGUGAUAACCCAAGCCUUUAAUACAUUUAGUUCCAGUAUUGAUGUAUUGGCAUAUAAUAUAUAAUAUAAUUUCUCAACUUGUUAUUUUUAUUUUUGUCAGUCUAUUAAACUUUAUUUUCCUCUAGAAUGAACAUUUUAGUUGAAGGUGAAUAAGACAGUCAGGGGAUGCAAUGAACAUUUGGAUAAAUGCCUAUGGAAAAUAAGUUCUAGUUCUCUUAUACUUGAAAUUCUGCACAUUUACAAUAAGUGAAUUCAGACUCCAGAGAUCUACAAACAAUUUAAUUGGUCCUGACCUCUCCCUCAGAAGAAAUCUUGCCCCAAAAUAAAAUUGAGGCAACAGAUUGAAACAGUGUGACCAGAUGAUGGCACAUGAAUGUAUCUCCCUUCCCUUGCUGUUUGUGAUCAGCAGCACUUAUGGCUUUGCACAAUGGGCUUCCCUUUAGCCUAGGCUCUGUGUGGUAUCUGUGGCUGGUAUAUUUGCCUCCUCACUUCCAGCUGUCCCUCUCCUCUGGAGUGAUGGUUUUUAAAUGGGUAGUGUGGGAUUUGAUGAGGGAAUGAAUCAGCUGAGUGGCCACAAAUCUGUGCUUUAAUAUAUUUACCCAUUGCCUGGCAGAAUCUCUGGUCUUUCAUGCUGCAGUUAACAGCAUAAGAAAUACUGAUUACUUUGAUUCAGAAAAAAAUUGGAAUCUGAAAUGGACUUUUUACUCCAGUCUAAAGACUACUGCAAUCAAUGGGAGCAGGAGCAGACCAUUUAAGAGCAAGGGACCUGAUCCAAAGCCCAUUGGAUCAGGCCCAAGACUUGUUGGAAUACCCCCUGAAGGUACUUUUAUAGCAUUACAGUGACUGUUGUGCGACAGAUGACCUCUCCAUGGGUGUCUCAGCCUCAGAGCAGUGGUAUCCUACCUCCUGUGAUUUUCGUGCAUUCUUGUUCUCAGUCCUCCCCAUUAGAUUUCUUUAAACAAAUAGUUGUUCCCAGCUGCCCUCUGGCUACACAUCCCAGAGAAAAGGGUGAGGCUGAUUUAAUUAGACUGAUUUUGCAAGAUUGACAAAUGAAGAGCUCUCUCUAAGCUCCAAAACUUUUCUCUCACCAACACAAAUUGGUCCAAUAAAAGAUAUAACCUCACCACCUUGUCUCUCUAAAUUAUCCUUAGCCAUCCAAAUCUGGUCCUAGGCAUUUCCACCUACUUUGCCCACAACCUUUGCUUAGGGUAGGAAGGGGAACAUACCUCACUCCUUAAGCGUGUAGCCUGGGGCACUGGGAUUUCCCAGCCUGUGUGCCUGGCAACAGCUUUCCCUUUACUGCUCACCUCCUCUACCAAUUUCCCUGCAGAAAGUUUAGCUCCCUGCCGAGGAUCUGGGGCCCCAGAUAGCUCAUGCCCCCCUUAAGGGGAAGACUGUACUUUGCGAAGGACAGAGGCAGUCCAAGUCCCCCGUUCCCUCUGUUGAUCUCCAGAGCCGUGUGAACCUCACCGAAGGUAGCAAAGGCUGCAGCUGCAAGCCGUAGGGGACAGUGUGAUGCUAGCAGGGACUGUGCACCUCUCUCCCAGUCCCCGGGAUUUCAGGGAUUUCCUUCCAGCCGCCUGACAGCUCCGGCCACGUGCGCGCCGAAUGCCCGGCGCGCGCCCCCUAGAGGCCCCGGCGGGGAUGGAGGCUCGCCGGCGGGAGCUCGGCUCGGCUCCUUGCAUCUGGGCGCCAGCCGCUGGGGAGCCGCCGUCACCGGGGUGGGCGGAGCCAGCGGCUCCGCGGCUGUAAACAGCGGGGGCCGCGCCGGAGGCCGGGAGAUGGGCUAUAAAUAGGGAGGCUGGGGCGUGGAGAAGCAGCCCGGCGCUCAGGAGCAGCUUUCACCUUAGCGCCCGCGGGCUCUCCCUGGUCCGCUGCAGAGCCCCGCGUCUCCGAGGGGGGCUGCCCGCUCCUUAGAGCAGCGAAGGGAGCCCUGCCUAGCCGCUGUGGCGGAUAGCACCCGGGGACAGGUCUCCAUAAAACUAAGAAUAUUGAAAGCAGCCUCCCUUCCCAGGAUGGACCUGGUCAUCAGUUUUGUUUCUCUUCUAUUUGUAAUCUCUCUGGUAUGCACAGCAGAAGCAGCCUCAGCAUGUCCUGAUCAGGAUCCUGAGCUGGAACCCUGGAAUGCUGGUCACGAUGAAGAUCAACACAUUGAAAUCAGCAAAGGGAGGAAGCUCCUUCUCUCUUCCUCUGCAACAGUCCACUCUAUCCACAUUACAGAUGGAGGAAAACUGGUAAUUAAGGACAAUACACAGCCUAUAGUUUUGCGAACUCGACAUAUAUUGAUUGAAAAUGGAGGAGAGCUACAUAUCGGCAGUGAGAUAUGUCCAUACCAAAGUAAUGUGGUGGUCAUCUUAUACGGGCGAGCAGAUGAAGACAUCCAGCCAGAUGCUGAGUUUGGGCAAAAAUAUAUUGGGGUCAGUCGAGGUGGAACCCUUGAGAUCCAUGGUGAGAAAAAGUUGUCCUGGACUUUUUUAAACAAGACUCUUCACCCUGGUGGCAUGGAAGAAGGUGGCUACUACUUUGAGAGAAGCUGGGGGCAUCGAGGUGUCAUUGUCCAUGUUAUUGACCCAAAGACAGGGGCAGUCAUCCAUUCAGAUAGGUUCGAUACCUACAAACUGAAAGGGGAAAGUGCCCGUCUUGCCCAAUAUUUGAGAGCAAUUGACAAUGGCAUGAUCCUGUCAGUAGCAGUGAAUGAUGAAGGGUCUAGAAACUUGGAUGACUCAGCCAGGAAAGCAAUGACCAAACUGGGCAGCAAGCAUUUCCUCCAUCUUGGGUUUAGGCAUCCUUGGAGUUUUAUUACAGUAAAAGGAAACCCUUCCUCUUCUAUUGAAGACCACACUGAAUAUCUAGGACACAAAGGAUCAGCUGUGGCCAAAGUAUUCAAACUAUUCCAGGCUGAGAAUGGAGAGCAUUUUAAUGUGUCUUCAACCAGUGAGUGGGUUCAAGAUAUAGAAUGGACAGAGUGGUUUGAGAAGCCCAAAAAGGCAAGAUCCAAAGACACGGAGAAACUUUUUGACCUCAGAGCAGCAAACCCAGGCAAAAUCUGUAGUCAUCCCCUUGCUAUCCAGGCAGCUACACUUUCUGGAGCCAAUUUAACAACUGAGGUUUUCUACAAAAGUGGCCAUGAUUAUAGGUUUAUAUGCCAUGGUAAGGAUCAGACAGACGAAGGCUGCCAAAAUUACCAAGUGCGGUUCCUGUGUGGCAAACCUGUGAGACCAAAGCUUACUGUAACCAUUGAUACCAAUGUGAACAGCACAAUCUUGAGGCUGGCAGACGAUGCACGAUCAUGGAAGGCUGGAGAUAGACUUGUUGUUGCCAGUACAGAUUAUUCCAUGUACCAGGCAGAAGAAUUCCAAGUCUUGCCAUGCAGAGCCUGUGGGCCUAAUGAGGUCAAAGUAUCAGGGAGAGCAGCCUACCUUCACAUAGGAGAAGUGAUCGACGGAGUGGACAUGAGGGCGGAAGUAGGGCUGCUAAGCCAAAACAUAGUGGUGAUGGGAGAGAUGGAGAGGCAAUGCUAUGACUAUAGCAAUGGUUUAUGCACCUUCUUUGAUUUUGACACCUUUGGGGGACACAUCAAGAUUGGUCUUGGUUUUAAAGCUGCCCAUAUUGAAGGUUUAGAAUUGAAACAUAUGGGACAGCAGAGAAUGGGACACUAUCCAAUUCACUUCCACUUGGCUGGGGAUGUGGAUGAGAAGGGAGGCUACCACCCUCCAUCCUAUGUGAAGGGCGUUUCCAUUCACCACACCUUCUCGCGCUGUGUCACAGUCCAUGGCUCCAAUGGCUUGCUGAUUAAGGACGUUGUGGGCUACAACACCCUGGGCCAUUGCUUCUUUACUGAGGAUGGGCCAGAGGAACGCAACACAUUUGAUCACUGCCUUGGACUGCUCGUUAAACCUAGCACUCUCCUGCCAUCUGACCGAGACAGUAAAAUGUGCAAGAUGAUUACAGAAGGGGCAUACCCAGGGUACAUCCCCAAACCCAGGCAGGAUUGCAAUGCUGUAUCCACCUUCUGGAUGGCCAAUCCGCAUAACAACCUUAUAAACUGUGCAGCUGCAGGAUCCGAAGAAACAGGAUUUUGGUUUGUUUUUCACCAUGUGCCUACAGGCCCCUCAGAAGGAAAGUAUUCUCCAGGCUACACUGAGCACAUUCCAAUGGGAAAAUUCUACAAUAAUCGGGCACAUUCCAACUACCGAGCUGGCAUGAUCAUUGAUAAUGGAGUGAAAACCACACCAGCAUCUGCUAAGGACAAAAGACCUUUCCUGACACUGAUUUCUGGGAGAUAUAGUCCACACAAAGACGCUGACCCUUUGAAGCCUAGGGAACCUGCGAUAAUUGAGCGCUUUAUUGCGUACAAGAACCAGGAUCAUGGGGCCUGGCUGAGGGGUGGAGAUGUAUGGCUGGAUGGCUGCCAGUUUGCUGACAAUGGCAUUGGCCUGACCUUGGCAAGCGGCGGAACUUUCCCACAUGACGAUGGUUCAAAGCAAGAAAUAAAGAACAGCCUGUUUGUCGGUGAGAGUAAAAACGUGGGGACAGAGACCAUGGACAACCACAUUUGGGGGCCCGGAGGCCUGGAUCACAGUGGAAGGACUCUCCCCAUAGGCCAGAAUUUUCCAAUUCGAGGGAUUCAGUUCUAUGAUGGGCCAGUCAAUGUCCAAAACUGUACAUUUCGCAAGUUUGCUGCACUGGAUGGUCGCCACACAAGUGCCCUGGCAUUCCGGCUCAACAAUGCCUGGCAGAGCUGCCCCAAUAACAAUGUCACAGAUCUUCUAUUUGAAGACGUUCCCAUUACCUCAAGAGUGUUUUUUGGAGAACCUGGACCCUGGUUCAAUGACCUGAAUAUGGAUGGUGAUAAAACAUCAGUUUUUCAUGAUGUGGAUGGCUCUGUGUCAGAAUAUCCCGGCUCAUACCUUAUAAAGGAAGAUAACUGGUUGAUCAAACACCCAGACUGUAUUGAUGUGCCAGACUGGAGAGGUGCCAUCUGCAGUGGGCACUAUGCACAGAUAUACAUCCAGGCCUACAAGUCAGCCACCCUGAAAAUGAAAAUAAUCAAAAAUGACUACCACACUCAUCCUCUCUACCUGGAGGGGGCUUUAAGCAAAAGCUCUCCUUACCAGCAGUAUCAGCCAGUUAUAACACUGCAGAAAGGUUAUACCAUCCAUUGGGACAAGACGGCACCUGAGGAACUAGCUAUAUGGCUCAUCAACUUCAACAAGAAUGACUGGAUCCAGCUAGGGUUGUGUUAUCCUAAAGGGACAACAUUUUCCAUUCUCUCAGACAUCCACAAUCGUCUCUUGAAGAAAACAUACAAAACUGGGACCUUCUAUAGGACUUUGCAGAUGGACAAAUUGGAGUACAGAUAUCCUAACAAAGGAUACUAUUACUGGGAUGAGGACACUGGGCUGCUGUUUCUCAAACUCAAAGCCCAGAAUGAGAAGGAGAAAUUUGCCUUCUGCUCGGUCCAAGGCUGCGAGAGAAUAAGGAUCAAAGCUGUGAUCCCAAAGAAUGCCGGAAUCAGUGACUGUGAAGCCAUGGCCUAUCCAAAAUACAUGGAAACUCCAGUAGUAGAUGUGCCAAUGCCUAAGAAGCUCUCUAACUCACUACUGAAGAAUAAGGACCAUUUCCUAGAGCUGAAAGUAGAAACUUUCAAGACCAGAUACUUCCACCUCAGGGAUGACUUUGCAUACAUUGAGGUUGAUAGUAAGAAGUUUUUCCUUGCUGAUGAUGGUAUCCAAGUAGCUGUGAUUGAUGGGAAGCAUGGAAAAAUUGUUGACCGAAUAAGUUUCAAAAACUCUAUUCUACAGGGAAUCCCAACACAGAUAGACAAUUAUGUCACCAACAUCAAAAACAAUUCUAUAGUGGUGAUGGCAUCCAAAGGCAGAUUCAUUUCAAAAGGACCCUGGACCAAAGUACUGGAAAAACUUGGAGUUGAGAAGGGUUUUAAGUUAAAAGAUAAAAUGGCUUUUGUCGGAUUCAAAGGCAGCUUUCGACCAGUCUGGGUGAAACUGAUCACCGAGGAGGAUGCAGCUAAAAUCUAUCAAGUUGUGCCAAUCCCUGUGGUGAAGAAAAUGAAAUUAUGAGGACACCAUGCUUUGCCUUCCUGCUGUUAGCACUGUCCCAAUAGAAAAGGACUACUGACUCUGCUCACAAUAGGCACCAUGCCACAGUUCUCCAGAGAUGUAGCAUUUCUUUGUUGCUGUACAUGAAGGAAGCUUUAUUGCAAGUGGGUAGAUGGCCACAUGUGACAAACAGCAUUCCUUGUGCUGCACAUCUUGUUUGAUCCUGCCCUAUUGAUUUACUUGCUGAUACCAGAUUUACCUUUAUUUUCUAAGUUAAUAUCUGGGGCAAAACUGUUUUCAAGUAGUGGGAGAAGGAUGUCGGUGCCUUUUACAUGAUCUGAUCAUGUUCUGCCUCUACAUCUCUUGUGAGCCUCUCACAUAUGCAUGUUAAAUCUAAUUGCCAUACAAGGCUUGGAAUUUUCCCAUGGGACUGAUUGCAUCCACACUCUGCUGUUUUUGAGAGUGCAAUCAGCUGCUCGCACGAAACCGGGAAUGCAAAUUCAGAGGCUGGCUGAAAAUUUGAAUCAGAAAUCAUAAAUUAUAGUCAGUAUCUAAAAGCUGCAAAACGUGGUCAAACAAUGAGAAUUUAUUUGAAAGCUUCUGCACUAUUCCGUCAAACUGCUGCAGAAUCCUGAGACUAAAUUGUACGUGCUGAACCACAGGGUAGUUAUCACAUUUCAGCUGAUGGUAUAGUGGAGAAAGAAAUGGCAUAGGAGUGAUUUAACACAUUGUGAUGCUUUGGGGUUCACCCAGACCAAGAAGGGGUUGUCACCACCUGACCUGUAACCCUGGAUGCUUCUGUGCUAUGCAGCUGUGGCUCAGAACUCUGACACCAGCAGCCUGCACAGUGCUCAGUGAUCUCACCCUGGCUUCCACCUGCUUGAUUACUCCUUGCAGGGGGACACCAACAGCCUCUUCUGUCCCGAGUCUACUCAAAACAGUCUCCCCUGCAGUGCUCAGCCCCUCUCUCUGUAGCAUUUACCAAACCUUAUCAAGUUUGCUACUCCUUUGGCGAAACCAUUAGUGUGGUGGAGGAUUUUACUUGUCAGUUUGAAACGCUGCACUGAGAUGGUGGUGUACUAAAACAAGAUUAAGUUUAUUAACAAGGAAGUGACAUUGAAGUGAUACCAAGUAGACAGAACUGGGACCGAAAUGGCUACAAACAAAAGGAAAAAUACACUUCUAAGGCUAAAACCUAUCUUUAACUAGAGUCUCUUUUUCAAAGUAGUUUUCUCACCACGGUUGUUCUUCCAGCAUGGCUGCCCAGUUCUUAGCCCCAACCCAACACAGAGCUCAAAGCGCUUCAUUUCUUCGUCUCUUCAGAUGAAGGAUGCCAAAAAGACUUUUUCUCUCUGCUUAUCUCCUCAAAGUUUUAUCUUUGUUUUCAAAAUCAGGAAGCCUGCUUGGGGGCUCAGCUUGCUGUAUCCAUGUUCAGGAGCUGACACCAUGUUCAUUUUUGCAGUCUCCUCCUCCAGUCAUGAUAGUUAAGUGGCUAUUUCCUCAACUCACUAGUUUGAUGGCUUUGUUUACCUUUUAUGUAAAUGUACUUCCAUUGUCUCUCUUGGCUCAGUUGACAUUGGAGACACAUUUGUGCAGGUGGGACAAUGUUCCUUUGUCAAGGGUGGGGUGACUUAUGCCCUACCUGCCAAGUAUGUUUUAAGAACAUAUUUCCAGUACACAUUUAUACGUUUUCAUACAUCAUGCAUCCAUGCACCAGCAAUAAUAUUAAUGACCAACUUGUUAACCAGUUUGCCUAUAUCAUCUUACAUGGCACCUUUUAGAUACAGUAAAUUGGGGUACACUGAGCUGGUUAGGCCAGUGGAGGCUCACUACUAGAAACCAGGGCACCCCUUGUCCUCUGGCGUUGGGGUGCUUUUAGGGUCGCACAUGUGCAAUCCAAAUAUGGUCAUAAUGGAACCUGCUAUUUCUGCUCAAUCCCAUAACCAACAACUGGGCAUUCCCAUGGUUAUGCUUUUAAAUACCUUUUGUCAUUAUUCUGUGUUUUUUCCCAGGCAAGCAGCCACAGACUGGUGGAAAAGACCUGACAGCCAAGCACUACACACUUACUCAGACUUUCCCACACAUUUCUUCAAAUAUAAAUCUUCAGAGCCAGCCCAGUGGACUGGUUGUGCCUACAUGACAUGCUACCGAGAGGAACCACACUUGGGUCUCUCGCUCCCAGGCAGGGAAUGCUGGGGAGUCAUCUUACUCCAUCCCUAAUCAAGGGUGAGGAUUUAAUUGUGCUUCCCAGAAGACACCCCUCCUCCCCAAAUAAUAUAAUCUUGCACAUAUUCUGCCCCCUUUCCUUCAAAACAUAACGUUCUAAGUUUUAAAAAAUGGAUGAUGAGCAAAGUUGAGCAUAAACCAGAGCUGCUUGUCAGCACACUUCAUUAAGCUGGGAAAUUUAUCUUAACCUUAUAAAAACAUUGUAUUUUGUUCAGAAAUGCACAUGGUGAACUGCUGUGUGUUUCUCAAAGAUGUCAUGCAGGUGUCUCAAGAGGCUUCUGUUAUUCGGGAAACUUCCAAAAAAAAUAGCAGCUUCUUGAAGUAGGCAAAUUGUCCAUAUGCCAGAGCAGCUAUGUUUCUCUCCCCUCCACUACCCCCCAAAAAACCAUUGUUGGUUUGUCUUUUUAAAUCGGUCGUCUUCUUUUUUCUGAGCGUCUCUUUUUUUCACUGUAUCUAAAGUGUCAGCUCUGGAUUGGAAUGAAGCAGCCAUGAAUGUGUGUCUCAUUGCACAUGCUGUCACUGUGCAGGUGCUGAAUUCCACAAGACCUUUCUGGCACACAGGUUGCUGUGUGAGUCAGUUAUGAGUGGUAUUCAGGCUCUACUAUAGGUAUGUGCCUGUCCAGCCCUUCCUGGGUUUUAAAACUGGAAUUGCUUUUUUCUAUACCGUUUUCCAUUAGCGGAAUUUCAAGAGUGUUGCAUUUUUUAAAAGGAUCCAGGGUUAUUUUCCUUUUCCCUGGCUUCUUUACAGUCUAUUAACGAAGGAUUUCUCAUUCAAGCAAAGGAAUGUCCGCUCUAAACCAUUCAUCCCAUUUGGGCCAAUUCCACUGGAUGCAAUGUGAAAGGGCAUAGCUCUCAAGCAAUAUAUAUUUCUCUCCCAAUGUCUUAUGAUGAUCUGGGUCCUUUCCACCCCCCAGAUCACAACUAUUCCUUAAAAAAGAUUAGUCUCACUCACAGUUCAACCUCGAUUAUACACAUCUUAUUUAUCUGAAACUCCCUGUUAGCCAAAACGGGAUCCUAUCCCUUAGGUCUAGUAAUUGCAUUAAAAAAUCCUUGAUUAGUCAGAACCCUGGCUAUCUGAAUGGAUUCAGUGUCCUUCACAACAUUCCUAUAAUCGAGGAUGUACUGUAGGUACAACUGCAUCUAUUGCUCUGUAUUAGCAGAUCAUAUGUACGAUAUAAUGAAUGAAAAAUACUAGAAAUGGGCCAAGACCAGAAAAAAAUUUCUGAAGGUUUUAGGAGAGGAACCAGGAUCAAAACACCUCUGGGUUUGGAUUUGGUAUUCCAAAAACAUCCUGUUUUUGCCCUUUGCUAUUCUAGCCGACUAGGUCUUUAUAUUGGAGUAGCUAAGCACCUGUAGACUCAGUACAAUCAAACCCAAUGGAGCAGGAGUCGAGUACUUUGUUUAACUAAUACAAAAAGGCAAAUUGCAUUUGUACUGAAGUGUAGCUUCUAAUUUUCAAAAUUUUUGGAAUUCUCAGGGUGAAAUCAUAAGACUUGGCUCUAGGAAAUAUGCUUGGUUUUUAAAUCACAUCUUAUCCAGGAAAAAAAAAAGUCCAUUUUGUUCUGUCAUGCAAGGAUAGUCACAUGAGCCUAUUCUGGGGGAAGGGGAUGGAUCUUACUCUGUAAAUACUUAGGAUAGGAUCACUGCAACUUGUUAAGCCUAGACAGAGAACAUGGCACGGUGUAAUAGGUCAGAUUCUCUCCUGAAAUGCAAGCAGCUCCCAUCGACUCAAUGGGAGUUAAGUGCAUGGAACUGAUGGUAGAAUUUGGCCUAAUAUCACCAACCAAUAGUUCUGAUGUAUCAUUUUUUAAAUAUUUGGGGAUUCUAGAAGUUGUACAUGUGCUCCUCUGCACGUAGUGAAUUGACUGACUCUUUGUAGCUUGUACAUUCUUUAAACUGUCCAUUCACAAACUGCAAAUAUCCUGUCUAUAAGGUUUAAUUGCUACAAAUAUUUUUACAUUAGCCUACAUAUACAGUUGUCAUCAUUAGGGCAAUUUUGGGGUGGGGGUGCAUCAGUUCAAAUGCUUGUUUUACCUGUUGCCGAAAUAGCUGGUCCUUUUUCGGAAUUAGAUGUAUAGUAUUUUGUACAUUUUUCCUAUAGACUUCAAAAUGAAAAAGAUAUAUUUUCUAUUUAUUUAUUACAAAGGCACUAUGAGAACUAAAUUUGCAGAGAUUUGAAGACCUGUUACUGGAUUUUAGCAUUGUCCAAGCUGUUACGGAGGUUGGAAAUAUGUCUUUUCAGAUAAUCUGCUUUGCACUUGAAAGUUACGUCCACAGAAUGUGGCAAUUCAUUGACUGUCUAGUUUAUGCUGACAAAAGCUUUUGGAAGAUUCAUUCCAAAAGUUUUUGCUUACAACAGAAUUAAUAUGUAGUAGUUUGGAAUACAAAAAGGUUUAUCAGAAUAAAUAUUCAAUGCCAAAUUA